AUGGCGGAAAGCACAGAUUUUAAUCUCGGACUUGUGAAUGAUAAGGUUGUUACAUUGGAAAAAGAGAGGGUCGCUAUGAGGGACGAUCUAGCGUAUUUACAGUCGCAGUCAAUGAGCAAUAACCUCAUAUUCGGAAAUAUUUUUGAGGCCCCGACAGAGACACCAGCUGAGACGGAGGAGACAUUACGGGGAUUUAUGGAAGCAGAAUUAAACAUUGCCAAGGAGCUAGUCGAAAAGAUACAAUUUGAGCGAGUGCAUCGUGUUGGUACAAAGAAGAGUCAAACGGACAGGAGAAAUAUUGUUGCUAAGUUUUCGCUGUUUAAGGAACGGGAAAUGGUACGGAAACAGUGGAAAAAUCUCCAAGGUACAAACUUUUAUAUGCAUGAACAAUUUCCUAAGGAGGUUAAUGAUAAGCGAAGGAAACUGCUGCCGCAGCUGAAGGAAGCAAAACGGGCGGGUAAGAAAGCGUGGCUGUCGUUUGACACAUUAUACAUAGAUGGGAAGCCAAUGAGGCCAGAGACAUAG